AUGGCCGACAAUAUUGUCAACACCAACCACACCAGUCUGAUGACGGAAGAUACUCAUUCUUUCGAUGCCAUUGAUGACAGAGGCGGACAGGUUCACAGACCUACUUCAUCUUCGCUGAAUGCUUUAGGUCCUGUCGUACCCGAAUCUUAUCCUGCAGACAGGCCUUUUGGUGGGCACGCAAGCAACCCAACGACACCCGGAGAACGGCUUCCUGGAGCUUUUCCCCAAACCAAAGAGGCUGAGCACGUCAGUAGUUUGAGUCGAGAUGCUGAUUACGUCAAGGAAGCCGCUUCAAGUGCAUUAGAAACAGCGAAGGAUUAUGUAUACAGCGCAGGCGAAGUUGUUGGAGGAUAUUUACCUAAAUCUGUAGCGGCAUAUCUUCCUACGAACGGAUCACCUCGACAAGGAGACGAAGCCUCUCAGCAUCACGAAAGCUCAGCCCGUAGAAAUGAAACUUUUACUGAAUCCCAUUCAUACACCCCGUCUGGACCUGAGGUCCAUGAAGAUAGCUCAAAGGAGAAGAAUACUCUAGAAUCCGUCGGCAUUACUGGUACAAGAGUGAUCGAGGACCGAAGACUUGUUGGCGAUACGCCGAAUCCAAGCAAAUCGACAACCCAAGAUAACAAUGAACCUAUAAGACCUCAGGACAAUAGCCUCACCUUACCCAGAUUUGGUACUACUGGCAUCGAUUAUAGUAUUUCAAACAACAGAAGCGGAGCUGCGAGCACAGUGUCCAAACAGUACGACGGGGCCAGCACUGACGCCAGCACUCGGACGCUUGCGGGUAGCCGCAUUGACACCUGGAGCCAUGCUGGAACUGCGACCAGUUCCACAAAGGAAGCAGAUGUGCGGAACAGAGAUGGGACGAUGAAAACGUCGUCAUCAGCUGCAGAUUCAUGUCAGCGAAAUCAUACCAUUCAGGACAAAGAGCACUCUGAUUUCAGCAACAAGGCCGAUCGACCCGAGUUUGAACAUCAUCCUGAGGAACCUCACCUUCUUACCGUUCCACCUGUUUCCAAGUCAGCUCACAAGUCUGCUGCGCCCCAUGUCAAUUCUCCUCCAGUCACCAGAGGUAGAGAGCACUUCGCCGCAGUUGAAAAGUCUACUAAACCUCGAUCAGACUCGAAACCGUUCAGUCAUCAGGACUCUUUAGGUUCCACUGUGGCGACACCUGGGCACGACGGUCAUGCUGAACCAUCUGGAAAGGGAAAGGAGAACGUUAGCGACGUCGCAACUAAUGCAAACAGCUAUGCGCCUACUUCUGCAGAGACUGGCGCGUUGGCAGGAGCUGUUACUGGAACUGAUACCUCUUCUAUGCAUCCUACCGUCAACAAUCCACCGACAACUGAUGAUACUGGUGCAUGGGCUGCAAAGGUGGUUCAAGGACUCGAUACCCCUGCUGCGGAACGUAACGUCAACGCUCAACAAACCGUUGGACACCUUACUCCUACCGCGCAGGUUAAUACCGGGGGCACAGAUGGCAACACCCCCAUUAUAUCCAAAGAGAUCGCUGAUGAGCACCGCACGGACUCAUCUGUUUUGGCGAAGACCAAGGGUGGCUCAGCAACGAAGACUAAGUUCAUGGACAAGCUGCGGGGAGAAAUCAAAGUAUUGUCUGGUAAAUUAGAGAAAAGCCCAGAGAAGGUUCAGGAGGGGAGGCGAAUGAUGGGCAAACCCACAUUGAAGAAUUAA